GGAGGAGGGAGGAACGCGCGGCGAAAGAAGUUUCUCCGGCGCUCGGAACGCGCGGGAACUCGGUGCUGCGAGCCGGCUGCCGGGGACGGGGGGGGGGAGGGGGGCGGAUGUGUCGCCAUGACCGGGGGCGGGGAGAAGAGCUGGGUCCACGUUUGGCCGCCAUUUUGGUGCGGGGCAGCCACUGCCUCCUGUCCUGCUCUGUGACUGGCGGAGCGGCCGAGCCCUGACCGGGCACCCGGGUUUGUCAUUGACGGCGGGGCAGCGGGACGGAGUGGAGGGCUGGAUGGAAAGUCUCCUCCCCUCCUGGUUUAUCUAACCAGCCUUGGACAGUGUGUUCCCUUCGCUGCUAGCAGUUCCACCUAAUUAAAUCCCGAUCGUCUCUGCUUCGUCAGUCAGUGUGGUUUUGUGUGUACACAGACACCUUGGUGGGUCGUUUUAUUGAGGGAAUGUCCAGAGAGAGGCGGCAAUCAGAUUGAUCGACGGGUGCGCCUACUCCUGGAGUCUGAGGCGGGGACAGAUUCUGGUUGUGCCACUUUCUCCGAGCUCUGCUUUAGACUGGUUACCCAAUGGGGCGCGUGUGUGUGUGCUAGUGACUUCUUGCUCUUAAAUGAGAAUGAGACGGACUUUGCUGUGAUGUUCUCCUCUCACUCCCCCGUCCCUCUGAACUGAUCGGUGCUUCUCCCUUGGAGCUUGUGCCGAGGUGGGAGAGAGUGUACGAGGGGGGCGAGGGUUAGGACUCCUCACUUGGUGACAAUGGCCACUUCGGUACUGAUGCGCUUUUCCAUUGCUGACUAUGUCAUCUUCGUCCUGCUGCUGGUCUUGUCCUCAGUCAUCGGCCUCUUCUAUGCACUGAGCGGUGGGCAGCAGCGGACUACGCAGGAGUUCCUGUUGGCAGGACGCAGCAUGACCUUUGUGCCAGUGUCGCUCUCCCUCCUCGCCACCUUCCAGUCAGCCGUGGCUAUCCUGGGCGUGCCGGCUGAGAUCUACACAUUUGGCACUGAGUACUGGUUCCUGGGUUGCUCCUACUUCCUGGGGCUUCUCAUUCCCGCUCACAUCUUCGUUCCCAUGUUUUACCGGCUGGGGCUCACCAGCACUUACGAGUACUUGGAGCUGCGGUUUAACAAAGCAACACGACUGUGUGGGACACUGACCUUCAUUUUCCAGAUGGUGAUAUACAUGGGCGUGGUGCUCUACACACCUGCACUGGCGCUUAAUGCAGUAACUGGCUUUGAUUUGUGGGGAGCAGUACUGACAAUGGGACUAGUUUGUACACUGUACACAGCAUUGGGUGGGCUGAAGGCCGUAAUCUGGACGGAUGUGUUUCAGACACUGGUGAUGUUUUCUGGGCAGCUGGCUGUCAUCAUCAUCGGAGCCGGGCAGGCAGGAGGGAUCGGUGAAGUGUGGCGAAUUGCUAAAGAAAACGGCAAGAUCGCAGGAAUUGACCUCAACCCUGACCCCUUUGAGCGUCACACCUUCUGGACGCUGAGCUUUGGUGGUGUGUUCAUGAUGUUGGCGCUUUACGGAGUGAACCAGGCCCAAGUCCAGCGGUAUCUCAGCUCGCGUUCGGAGAAGCAGGCGAUAUUGUCGUGCUACGUGGUGUUUCCCUGUCAACAGAUAGUCCUGGCCAUGGGGUGCCUGAUGGGCCUGGUUAUGUACGCUCGCUAUGGAGAGAACGGCCCACUACAGCAGGGUUACGUCAACGCUUCCGAUCAGAUGGUUCUUUAUUUCGUCAUGGAUGUACUUCAGCAUUAUCCUGGCUUACCCGGACUUUUCACCGCCUGCCUGUUCAGUGGAGCACUCAGCACAAUAUCAUCUGCAUUCAAUUCGCUGGCUGCUGUCACCAUGACCGACCUGGUUAAACCUCACUACCCACACAUGACUGAGGCUCGAGCCACACUGAUAUCCAAGAGUCUCGCACUGGGCUAUGGGUUGCUGUGUCUCGGAAUGGCGUACAUCGCAUCGCUGAUGGGCUCAGUGCUACAGGCGGCGUUGAGUAUUUUUGGGAUGGUUGGCGGUCCACUGCUUGGAAUCUUCUGCCUAGGAAUGUUUUUCCCCAUGGCUAAUUCGACAGGUGCAAUCUCUGGACUGGUGGCGGGUUUGGUAAUGGCAUUCUGGAUCGGAAUCGGCAAUUUUGUUUCCCGAAAAGCGCCUCUUUCAUUUGUAAAUGCGACCACCAUCCAUAAUGUUACCACUGCCUUGGCAACCAGCACCGUGGCGACAGUCAACCUUACAACAGUGGCUUCGAGUGCAGGCCCCACAGGACUGAAGAAAUUCUACUCUCUGUCCUACGUGUGGUACAGUGGGCACAACGCAGCCACCGUAGUCAUUGUGGGACUACUGGUCAGUUUCUUAACAGGACCAAUGAAAGGGGAAGAUGUGAAUCCAUCAACUGUCGUUCCAAUAAUGCGUUACCUGCUCUUCUUCCUGCCCGAGCAGUGCAAGGAGAAGCUGAGCUGUGGAGUUCGGUAUCAGCCAGCGAACAAUGAACCCAGCUUUCAGCAUUCUCUCGUGCCAACCAAAGAGUCAAAUGGGGUGAUAAGCAAAGUGGUGACGCCAGCGGUAGAGGAGAAACAGCAGUUUGGAGCACAACCAUCAAAGGAGGUGGCGAUUGAGAAGGAGGAUCAGGCGUCGGUGGUCCUGCAGGAGACGUCUUUGUGAGGGUGGAUCCUAUGCGGCUACUUACUCUGCAUGUGGACGGUGCUGGGAGAGUAAAAUACUUCUAUCAUCUUUUAACAAAGGAAAGGCUGCAGGAUAGCGACAGACCCACUCUUCACGGUUGUUGAUCUCUUCCGUAGAGCUUUGUCUUUGCCACAGUUUGGAGCAUACACGGAACUAGAUGAAUAAUAAA